CAAAACAAGCAUGAAUCAAGGUGAAUACUGAAUAAGUGAUAGAUAAUAAUUUAACGGUCAUUUUUUGGUGAAUAUUGAAUAUUGUAAUAUUUUCGUAGUUUCGUUUUCUUGUGGUCUUGUGGGUGCAAUUUAUACGAACAUUUAUUUAAAUAUUUAAAUGUAAAUCUAAAUCAAGUUAAUAAAUUUUAGUACCGAUACUUAAAAAUACACAUCAGUUUCUGUACAAUUCAAAAGUAAGUGAUACAUACUAAAUAAAUCUAUUAUUUUUGUUGUAUGAAAAGUUAAAUAAAAAAACCAGAUUACUUUUCUAGGUGCCUAUUUUUUUUAAAUCUAUUGUUUGUUCCACAUAGGUACACGUCUUUAAUAAUAAAAUUUUAUAUCGUUUAAUAAUCCAUUAGUAUCUAAUUGUACAACUUAUUUGUUCUAAUUUAUUUAAAUACAUUUUUUAAUAAUCUUAACAACUUUUUCAAAUUCUAUUUAUUGUUAUUCAUAUGAAUAAUUAAUAAUAUUUAAUGGUGCCGGUCUCAUAUAAGAUCUACAAUAUAUCAUUAAAUUUUUUAAUCAAAAAAUUGUAUUAUUAUUAUUAUACUAUCAAUUUAUUGAUAUUUUAAUUCUAGUACCAGUAUAAAUGUCAUCAUACAGCCGCCAGUUAUCCGUUGACUAUUGAUACAUUAUUCUUACUUUUUCUAUAAAUUCUUUACUAUUAUUAGAUUGCCUAUGAGACCAGUAAGCAAGAUGUAGAUCAUGAAAAUUACUGUAGACUGAGAGUGAAACCAGUAUCCAUAUAAUUUCUGAAUAUAUUUAACAAAUUAGAUAUUCAACAAUAAAAGUAUUAUUUUUAAAUUAAAAAAUGUUUGUAUGCUUACUAAAAUAGAUGAAGAGAGUUGGGUGUCAACCAGCCGUAAAUUUAAAAAGAUCCAAAGACGAUGAAAAAGAUCCUAUUCAAGUUUAUUGCCGACUUCGACCAGUUUCAGCUAAUGUAGAAUCUCCGUGUGUAAAAGUUAUAUCAGACACAGAAAUACAAAUAUAUUGCCCGCCAAAUGAAAGAGGAAUAUCUAGAGAAGGCCAAUUUAGCUACAAAAAAAUAUUCACUGAAUAUGAAACUCAAGAUAUGGUAUUCCAAGAUUUGGGAUUGCCCCUAGUCGAACAGCUUUUGUUAGGAAAAAGUAGUCUGCUAUUUGCGUAUGGAAUAUCAGGUAGUGGCAAGUCAUAUACAAUGACUGGGAACCAGGAAGACGGUGGUAUUGUUAGUAGAUGUUUUGAUGUAGUAUUCAGCUCUAUUAAAGAUUUCCAAGCCAGAAGAUUUACUUUUAAGCCUGACAAACUUAAUGGAUAUGAUGUUAAUAGUAUUGAAGACGCAAUGAUGUUUCAAGCCGAAGAUUUCAAAAACAAUGUUAAAAAUCCAUCUAAAACAUUUAAAAAGUAACUAUUUAUUUUAAAUUUAAAAAAAUGUAUUCAUAGAAAUUAAACUUUAUAUAUAAGAUAAAUAUUUUAAUUGCAUUUUUUUAGGAGAGAAGCAGAUAUUAAUACACCACGUGUUCCAUUUAAUUAUAAAGUUACAGACAUAGAUCAAGAUGUAGCAUAUUCAGUUUUCAUAAGUUACGUAGAAAUUUAUCAUAAUUAUGUUUAUGAUCUUUUAGAAGAUGUUUCCGAUGGAGAAAUAAGACGGUAAGAUUAUAAAAUAAUUUAUAAAAAAAUGUUUAGUAAUAUUUAUGGUUUUAUCAAAGAAAUAGUAAAAUCAUACGGGAAGACUCAAAUGGCAAUAUGUAUGUACAUGGUGUAAAUGAACAAGAAGUAUUCAAUCCAGGUGAAGCUUUUGAAUUGUUGCGAAAAGGACAAUUGAGAAAACGUACAGCGUCCACAUUUUUGAACAUGGACUCUAGUCGUAGUCAUACAGUAUUUACUAUUAGAGUUGUUCAAGUAAGUAAUAUUCAAAUAUUUUAAACACUUGAAUCAAAUAAUAUAGUAGUUUAAUUGAGUAGCAUGUACAUUUUGGUGUAUACUUAAUAUUAUAUUAAUGAACAAAUGUUAUACUUGAAAAUUGUGAACAAAUAUUGAUUAUAUCAGAUAAAAUGCAUAAAAUUGUCAUAGUUGUAUAAGUAUAGCAAAAACAAUUCACCAAAUAAAAUAAAUGUCUGUGUAUUUAAUCUUAAGCUAUAUAGAAUGUGGAUAGACUAAAAUAUAUGUGUAUGUAUUUCAACAUAUUUAUUAGGCACCGUUGGAUGUUGAUGGUGUAAAUGUAAUUCAAGACAAAAAGUAUACAGCUGUUAGUCAGUUGUCACUGGUGGAUUUAGCUGGAAGUGAACGAGCUGAUAAGGCAAAAACAACUGGACAAAGACUCCAAGAAGCUGGUAAAAAUUGUUGUUAUCUUAAUUAUAUAUUUCUGUUCAUUUUUAAUAACAUUUUUUACAGGAGGAAUUAAUAAUUCAUUAUCAAAUUUAAAACAAUGUCUCAAAAUUUUAUAUGAAAAUCAGUCUUCCAGUAAUUUAAGAAAUAUUGCUGAGAAAAUACCUUAUAGAACAUCACGUCUUACACAUCUAUUCAAAAGUUUUUUUGAAGGUUCUGGUUCAAUCAGAAUGCUUAUUUGUAUUAAUCCCAUAUCUGAAUAUGCUGAAUUAUUGGUAAGUAUAAAUCUAAAAAAUUGGCAUUACAGCUAAACUUUAUUUAUAUUGUGCCAUUUAUAUAGCCUGUGCUGCAAUUUGGUGAAAUGUCUGGUAGUGUCAAAGUAAAAAGAACCACACCAUUACGUAUGGAUAUAGGAUUGACUCCAGGAAGGAGAAAAAUUGUUGAUGUAAGUGUUACUUAUUACUAACAACUAGUAGAUUUGAAUGUAAACUAAUUAAAAAUGUAUUUAAUAACAAAACUUAAAAAAAAAAAAAAAACAUAUUUUUUAGAUGCAGUCAGUGAAUCGCAUUCCAUGUGUAUUUGAAGAAGAACCUAUAACACCACUUGAUAACAAAAUAAAAGAUAAUACCAAAGAAACCUGCCUUACGUAUGUAUACUUUCUUCAGAAAAUACAUAUUUUAUAUUUUUUAAUUAUCUUUAUUUUCUUAACAGUUUUUUAAAUUUGGGACCACCUUUGCCUGAGCUAGAUGUUGAUGAUAUAUUAGAUGCGGAAAAGAGACAAGAACUAAUAAAUGUUCUAGAACAAAGAAUUAAAAAAAAAGACGAACUUCGUGAAGUGUUAAUCAACCAAAGUAUGAUACUUGCUUUCAGUGUAUGAUAGACAUGUAAAUAAAUUUGUUUUAAAGGUAAUGAAAUACGUGCAGAGAUGGUAUUUUUAGAAUGUAAUUAUGCCAAUUCAAAACAAGAAAUAAAUUCUCUACAAAUUCUGAGGGAUCAAGACACUAAUAAAGUAUAAAUAAUCCUACAGAUGGAAGUGUUAAUUUGUAUUAUAAAUGUAUAUAUAUAUAUAUAUUUUUUUUUUUUUAAUAUAGGUUAAACAAUAUCAAAAUAAGGCAUUUUUAUUAGAAAAUGAAAUGGCUUCUUUAAAAAGAAAACUAGAAUCAUUAGAUAGUGAAAAUAAAAGACUAAAAUCAGAUGUGAGUUCAAAUAUUUACGCAUUUGUGAUUAUAUUGUUGAAUAAUUUUAUCCUUUAAUUUUAGUUAAAUGCAAAAGAAAAUAUGCUUAAUCAAGUAUCUGUAGAUAAAGAUCUUUUAAAACAAAGAUACAAUACAAAAAUUAUCAAAAAACAAGAACAGUUAUCUAGAGAAUUCAAAGAUAAAUGGAAAGUUCAAGAAAAUGAAUUUGAGGUUUAUAUAGCUUUGUUUAUUAUUAAAGAUAAAAAAUUUGAAUUGUGUGUAUAUAUUUAUGUAGUGUACUAACUACAAAUCAUAAAUUAGUACAAUUGUUACAAAAAUAUCACAAUUUUAAACACUUCAUAAAUAUAUUUUGAACCCUUUAAAGUUUAAAUUGAAACAUAUUUAUGUUCUAGCUAUAUUCUUCUAGUAUAUUUAUAUCUUUCUAGACAAGCAAAUACACAUUAUUUGACUGAAUAUUUAAGUAAUACAAUUACAUUUUUUUGACUUUAGGCAAAAUUACAAGACAAGAAACGUAAAUUAAAACAUAUUAAGAAUAUUGCAGAAAGCAUAGAAAGUCUUCCUAGUCAUUUUUCUAGGCGUACUAUUAAACGAACUAUAUCUGAUGAAAGUUUAAAUAAACCUGAACAUGUUGUAAAUAUUAAACCAUCAGAAUCAAAACAAAUUGAGGUAACACAUUUUUAAAAGUAAAAAAAGUAUAAACCAUUGUUUUUUUUAAUGUAUAACUGAUAAUUUUAUGUUCAUCAAAUUCAGCAUACACAAAUGACAUUAAGACAUUUGCGGUCAAGACGUUCAAAGUCUUGUGAUCCACAAGAACGUUGGAUUGAACACAAGCCUCCUGCACCCAUUCCAUUACAAACUGUUAUGCAACCAAAAAUGAAGAAACGCAAGUCUGUUACAAAAUUAACAGAUGCUAAAACUGUAACUAAUAAUGGUGCUUCUAAAUAUUGUUUAAUGACACAAGGAGCAGAUGAACAGGGCAUUCCAGAAGCUAAACUAUACAAAGUAUUUAUUUAUGUUCAAUGAUUGUCUUUCAAACAUCAUUAAUGCAAUGUUUCAAUUAUUUUAUUUAGGCGGAUAUUAUACAAACUAUGGGUGGAGGUGCCCAGAUUGUGUUUAAUGAUGUUGAGACACUAAAACAGGAUUCACCACUAGGUUGUUCUCCUGUUAGAAAUCGUAUUCAGGCAUAUAAUAAUGAAAUAAGAGCUCAUGCUGGUGGGUCUGAUGAUUUAAAUUCAAGAUGUUAUGCUAUACAAGGUGGGAAUACUCCAGUUUCAAGAAAAUAAUAUUACUAUAAACUUAUAAUAAGCUAUGAAAACCAUCAUGAAGGUAUUUUAUACGUUACAUUUUUAUGAUUUAUGUAAUCAAUGGGUUUUUAAUCGUUGACAAAGAAUUGUUUAAUAUGUGUGAUAAUUUAAUAAGUACCUAAUUGUAAAUAAUUUUUACUAUUUUUACAUAUAGAUUUUAAAAGUUUUAUUUCAAUAAACCUGUAAUGAUGUUAACUUAUUGUAAUUUUUUUUAAUAUUUGUCCUUAUUAAAUUUUCAUGUACAUUGUAUACACAAUUCAUUUUAGUAAUAUACUGUCUAAAUACUAGUGUUUCAGUGAUAAGAGCGCCAUAG